GUUCAACUAUUUUCUGUGUGUGUGUAUGAAAAGUCGAGUGUGAUAGAAGAAAAAAUAAAGCCCCAAUAAGAGGCUCUAGUUUUUUCAUUUUUUAUAAAAACAAAAAGUCAUAAAACCCCAACAACAACUUUAAUAAGUAUAAACAAACAAUGUACAUUGUCGAUAUUAAUGUUUUAAAUGCAAGCAGCGAAAUCAAACCUUAAAACAAACAACAACAACAGCGUGUGAGCGAAACUGAGGAAAAAAUACAAAGAUAAAAGUAAUAAACAUCAACAAAAAUAAAUCUGAAGAAUAAAAAACAACAAACAUUAUUGUAUGUGAGAGGAUGAGAAUUAAUUUAAACAGGAGAAGACGAAAUAGAAAUAGAAAAAUAAUAAAGGGAGACAGAAAAAUUACAGUCUUUCAUUAUUAAUUAUUAAAAAUUUAACAAUAACUACCUACGUUCCUGUUUUUUUAUGAACACAAAACAAAUAUAAACAAAAUAAAACUAAACAUUUAUUUAUAUUUCUCAAGAGACUGAUUUGAUUGUAUGAAGAAACAAGCACGGAAAUAAACAUAAACUUUCAAAACUUUGAUGAAAUUACAAAUAAUUAAGGUGACACUCCUAAUUGCAGCACCAUCAAUAAAUAACAAACGAUUCUAAUGUUUUAACACAAAGAAUCCUGAAUUUUGAACGGAAAUUGCAAAUAUCCCCAAAAUACCAACCACGACCAUAGGCACAGGCGGCAAAAUGGGAAAACGUGUUGUUGUUGAAGGUCAUGAUAAUAAUAACCAUGUCAAUCAACAUGUUACACCAGUAAGUACAGGACAACGUAAUGUCCGUAAACGCAAAUGUAAUUCCAACAUUACAAAUAGCAAAAAUCUACGCAUGAAUGUUUCCCACAAUAAUUGUUGGCAUGAAAAUGAUGAUGAAGAUUCGUCAUCGAAUGAUGGCCCGCCAUUGGGACUGGCAACAACACCACGCAAUACAUCUAGCAAACAAGCUAAUAAUUCCUCCAUACUACUAAGUAACUCCUUAAAUCUAAGCCUUACGCAAUAUGAUAACAAUUCAACAAUAACUGAAUCACCCAAACCUGUCUACACUCUGCGACCCUCGGUGGUCAAUGGUACGGUUUUGCAUGAUUUAACACAAAAACCCUGGCGUUUAGGCCGACCUAUUGGCAAAGGUAAUUUUGGUGAAAUAUUUUUAGCAUCUGAUAACAUCAGCAUUCCGGUUACAAACGAAAAUGCUAAGUUCGUUGUUAAAAUUGAGCCACACUCUAAUGGGCCACUGUUUGUGGAAAUACAUUGUCUUAUGAACACUGCCAAAAAGGAGGAUUGUACCAUUAAAGAUGAAGAAACUAGUGGAACUGAAAAACAUGAAGAAACUGCAUCUGCUUGUAAUAAUAUACCUAAAGGGGAACCCUCAGGCAUACCGGAUUAUAUAGCUUCCGGUUCGCAUUAUUUUGGUAAUGCACGAUAUCGUUUUUUGGUUUUACCACGCUUUGAUCGCGAUUUGCAUUCAUUAAUAAAAAAAUGUCGAGUGCAUCAAAGAUCUGUAUUAACACUGGCUAUAAACAUCAUAAAUGUUUUGGAAAACUUGCACGACAAGGGCUACUGUCACAAUGACGUGAAAGCUCAAAAUCUUAUGAUAUCGAAAUGUAAAUAUUUGAGACAACAAAAUAAGACAACAACUUCUACGACAAACUAUUCGAAUGGUAGUGGAGUUGGUGUCGUUGCUGCUAGCGGCAAACAACAGCGCAUUAAAUCGUCGACAAAAUAUGAUGAUCAUUAUGAUGAGAAACAACAAACCACUGACAGUGGAAAUAGUUCGGAACAGGAAGCGAAUGAUGAUGACGAUGAAGAUUUUGUUGUCAAGCGCAAAGUUUAUAAUAGCAAGGAUACUGAUCGCGACUAUGAACAAGAAGAGGAUGAAUCUCCAGCAGAAGAUGAUGAGGAUGAGGACUUCGAUGAUGGCGCCACCACAAAUAGCAUGGAUAGCAACAGUAUGGAUACGUAUCAUACACCUUCAAAUAAAAAUAAACGUCUUAACGAGAAAAAGGCGGCAUCUACGCGUAAUAUUGUACAAUAUAGUGGCUCAAAUCCAGUGAGGUCGUGUCGUCGUGAAAAACCAAAUUCCAUAUAUGAUGAAAUGGUUAAAUCUCAUUACUUGCGUCCUACCAAACGCGUCAGUUAUUCGGAAUUCUUUAACGAGGACGGUGUCUCAGUGAAGAGUCACGGACCCAGUGGUGGUAAUACUAAUUCAUCUAGUGAUAUGCAUUCCAACUCCUCGGACGAUGAGUCCGAAGAUUUUGUGCCUCUCUCAAUACGUCGCAGCAUUAAGUCAUCGGCUAAAAAAUCAUACUCCACAAAUAUGGGUUCGCGACGUUUAACUAGACGUCAGGAAAAACUUCUGGGCAUCAAUAAUACACGUGAUGUUGAAAUGCAUAGCACCACGGCCAAUGAUUACGAUGAUAAUAAGCAUAAAUUCAAAACUGAAAAGAACGCGAAUUCUCAAAAUAACCCACAGCAUGAUCAAGAAUGGAUUGAAGUAAAUGAAGAACGCAUUUUCCUCAUAGAUUACGGCUUAGCUUCCAAGUUCAUUGACAAUGGUGUUCAUCGUCCAUUCGUUAUGGAUCAACGAAGAGCCCAUGAUGGUACUCUCGAAUUUACUUCCCGCGAUGCUCACAUGGGCGCCCAUUCAAGGCGCAGUGAUAUGGAAUGCCUAGGCUAUAACCUGCUUUUUUGGUCUCAGGGCUACUUGCCCUGGAAGGAGGCGGCGACAAACCAACAACAAGAAAAGGUACAUCGUGCCAAGGAAUUUCUAAUGACCGAUGUGCGAGAGCUACUCAGACAAAUCUAUGGUAAACAAGUUCCCAAAUAUUUGGGCGAAUACCUACACUUGGUCGGUCAGCUGGCUUACCACGAACGUCCCGACUACAGCCGCUACAGACGUAUAUUCGAAAGGGAAUAUGAGCAGUUGGGCUAUUCACUUACUGAUAUGCGCCUGCAAAUGCAUGAAAUUCAACGUACUUGUGUACGCGUUAAAGAGGAAAUCGAAAAUAAAAAUGAUUUCUUUGAAACGAACAAAAAUAACGGCGCCUGCAACAUGGUUUUGAACAUAAUGCAAAAUCUUUCUGUGGGCGGUACUCCGUUCCACGAGAGGACACUCUCAAAUCGUGUAUCGCCCAAGAAUCUUCGUUCAAAAUCCGACAAAAAAGACACAAAGAAGAAAAAGUUCUCUUGGGCCGAAAUUCUAUCUCAAGAUCCAGAUCAAAUAGCUAGGGAACGCGCCGAAAAAGAAUUUGAUAGAGAAGAGGAAUUGAGUGAAGUACAACAGCCGAUGGUGAGGAGAUAUCAAGGUAAACCUACAAAUCAUAUUAUUCAAAUGCUAGCACUUUUGGGACGUUCUGUAAGCGAGUAUGAAGAAGAGACAACUAAAUUGGAAAAAGAAUAUAAACAAAAACAGCAUAAAACUGAGAACAAAAUGGAGGUAGAUGAAUGUGAUAAUAGAAAGUUACCCAAUAACGAAAAUGAAGAUGAAAUGGAGGAAGAUGGUAAUGAUGAGGAUGAUGACGAAGAUUAUCACGAGCAGGGUGGUGAUGAAGUCGAAACAGACGCAACCGAAACAUCUGAACAAUAUACGCGUCGUAAACCAGCAACAUCAACAACUCAAAAACAGCGAACAAAUACAAAGCGUAAAACUAAUACAAAUGCUAACAAAACCACGGUUUCCAGAAAGCUGAUAUUAAAAAUACACAACGUAACUCCACCAGCUGACAGCAGUAAUAAUAACACAUCAUUAUCAGCUACACCCGUUUGUGCUAGAACAAGAGGCAAAAGAGCUGCUACCACAAUCAAAAAAUUAAAAUCGCCAUCAUUGUCUGCGUCAAAAACAAAAGCCAAAUUGGCAAGGUCAACUAAAAAACGUGGCAGUGCCAUAAAAACCAUUGGACGCAAGUCAUCAUCAACAAGUGGAACAUCUUCAUCAUCAGCGGCGGGCGAAAUUGAACAGCACCAACAAACUUCUAACACCAAUAAUAAACGGGAACGUCGUACGAGGCGAUGCCUUCUAAAGACUGAUCUAGCAACACCCGAAAGUCUACAAGAAGAUGAUUCAAAUUCAAAUUAUAGUCCUGAUGUUUGGAAAAUGAGCACUGAGGCAAUGUAUUCACGCAACUGUAAGAAAUGAUUUCAUGCAUAUUAUUUGACAUAACAACACAAUAGAAACCAACCUAAAUAUAUAUAUAUACCUUUUACAUUAUAUUACUAUAAUUACAUAUUACAAUUAUUCCUUUAUUCGCAUUAUUUUGAGGAUGAAAUAUUUUUGGGUUAAAUAAUUGCCUGCUGUAAUGUGAACAAAAACAUACAACUAAUUUUUUUGUUAAAAAAAAAAUCAAAUUAAAAAAGAAUCUAAAAUCUAUAUGAAAAAGUAUUACAAAUAAUAAUAGUUAAAACCUAAUGCUAUAAAUAAAAUCAUUAUUUUAAUUAAAAAUAUAAUACAUACAAAGAAAUUAUAAUUAUUUCUAAAACAAAAAUGCAUUAACAAAUAAGAUACUACUUCCUCAUUUAAACAAUAAUAAAGAAGAAAAUUAUCAAGAAUAUUUUCCAAAAAGAAACCCCAAAAACUGAUUAUUAAAUAGUUACAUCCCACACAACACACACACACUCUUAACUAGAUCUGAUAAUUUUUAAAGAAUAGUUAAACAAAAAAAAGAGAAAAAAACAAAUUAGUAAAUAAAACUAAAUUUAAUAGAAGUGUAUAUUGGAUUUAAAAAUACAUUAAUUACAUAAAACAACUUUAAAAAUUAAAUUUUAAGUUUUUUUUGCUGAUUGAAUUUCUAUUUAAUUUACAUUUUAUAUUUAAAAAAAGAAAUAUUGAAUUCAAUUCAAUCUUUAAUUAGUUUAAAUUAAAAGUAAAUUGUUAAAAAAUAUUCAUCCUAUAAACAAAUAUGUAUCAUUAAAUAUGAUCACGUUUCAUCGUUUUUUUUUUAACUCUUAUUAUUAUGAAUUGAUAGUUAUGUUAUUAUUAUAUAUUAUUUUUUUUUAUUGAAAUCACCUUUAUCAUGUUUUUUUAAGUUUUAUUUUCGUGUCAGUGUUUAUUUGUACUUUCAUUUCAUUUUUUUUUUUUAAUUUUUCAUUCUUUUUAAAAACCUAUAUAAUUUAAGUAGAAUUAAUUGUCUUAUUAAAUUAAUAAAAACAAUACAAAAGAAAUCAUUACAAAAGAAGAAUAAUAUCCUUUAAAAGUAAUUUAGGCUAUAUACAUACAUAUAAAAAUACAUAAGAAAUUAUCGUAAUAUAUAAAAUUCAACAACAAAAUCAAAUAAACAAUAAUAAAAAGAAA